GACAGAAUAGAAGAAAAAGCUGCCAGCUUCAUUUCUCUCACUCUCCAGCCCUGUACAGGUCAUAUUGUCUUAUCUUCCUUCUGACUGUAGAACCAGGUUUCCGGUUAUUCAGCAGAAAAGGGAAGGCAACUAGCAGGGGGGUUUGCACGAAUAAUUCCUAAAUAAAAUACGCCAGUGCCAAGUCCUGAACCGUGCGGAGGGUGGGGAAUAGUGACGUCACCACAACUUCUCCCACUACACCAAACCCUCCGGCCCCCUGCUAGUAGCUUUAUAAAGAAUGGAGGGCCAUCAAAUGGGUCACAUUACUGAGGCAGAAGACCCCCCAGAGCUGCUCGCAGUCUUCUGGGAGAACACAAGGCUACAGACUGCAGAACCGCUAGCAAGAAGUCUCCAACAAUGAAGAAGAUUGAAACAUGUCUUCUUGGCCACCGAGCCAUGACCAUCUUAGUGAUUGUCCUCUUUGGUGAGGUCGUAUCAUCCACUAAAGAGGUCCUUCAUAACCGAGAGAAGAGAGGAACAAGGACAUAUAAAUCUCUGUGCGUGGAAAAACUCUCAGGAAGAAUCUACACAGAUGACGACACCUGGCUGCGUCCUGCUGGGCGGAGGGUGGAGUUCUGCCGAUGUGAGAAGGGGCGCAGCCGGUGCCACAGUGUACCAUUCAUGGAUUGUACCGAAACCAAGUGCUACAAUGGUGGACUUUGUGUAAAGGCUCUUUACUCCCCGAAUUACCUGUGUAAAUGCCACAGCGGGUUUACCGGAGAGCACUGCGAAAUAGACACUUUGGCCUCCUGUUACGAGGGCACAGGACAGUCCUACCGGGGAAACUACAGCCGGACAAACAGCGGCCUGAGCUGCGUGAAUUGGAACUCCCAGUCACUUAGUCAGAAGAUUUACAACGCGCAGCACAAGGACGCACAACAACUUGGACUGGGAAACCACAACUAUUGCAGGAAUCCAGAUGGUGAUAAAAAUCCCUGGUGUUACAUAUUUAAGAAUGGGAAGUACAGCUGGGAUUAUUGCAGCGUGCCAGCCUGCCGAGCAAACACUACACACUGUUACUCUGAGCGAGGGACCACAUACCGGGGAUCGUGGAGUACCGCCAUAUCCGGUACCAGUUGCUUGCGCUGGGACUCGCCUUUGCUGAAGAAAAAGCAGUUUAGUGCCUGGCAAACUAGUGCCCGCAGAUUAGGACUUGGGAGCCACAAUAACUGCAGGAACCCGGACAAUGAUGUCCGCCCUUGGUGUAAUGUGAUGAACGGCACUGAGAUAUCCUGGGAAUUCUGCGAUGUCCCCCGAUGCACUACUUGUGGAAUCCGACGACCCCAGCUAAACCCACGCUUUCGAAUCGCUUCGGGUAGAUCGGCACAUAUAACCUCUCACCCAUGGACGGCGGCCAUCUUUCGUGUGUCCAGGGGCGUUGAGUAUUUUCGUUGCGGAGGGACGCUCAUAAACCCCUGUUGGGUGGUCACAGCGGCCCAUUGCUUCCAUGAAGAGUCUUCGCCAAGAUUACUACGAGUAAAACUAGGGCGGACAUUGCAGGUUGUGCCUGGAGAGGAGGAACAAAGCUUCAGAGUGGAACAAUUUCACAUUCACCCUCAGUUUGAAGAUUUUACCUUUGACAAUGACAUUGCUCUUCUAAAGCUCAAGUCUUCUUCGGGGUCAUGUGCUAUGGAGACAGACAGCGCUCGGGCAGCAUGUAUGCCUGUCAGGGACCAGAUGCUACCGGACUGGACAGAAUGUGAAAUCUCAGGAUUCGGGAAGCACGCACGAAAUUCCCCAUUCCUGUCUGAGCAGCUUAAGGAAGGUCGUGUAAGGUUAUAUCCCGACAAGCUCUGUACCCCCAAACAACUAGCUAACCGUCUGGUGACGCCAAACAUGCUGUGUGCAGGUGACUCAGUGAACCAGGACGACGCUUGCCAGGGUGAUUCCGGGGGACCACUCGUCUGCUCCGUUGAUGGGCGCAUGCACCUUUUUGGCGUCAUCAGUUGGGGCGAGGACUGCGGGGUAAAAGACAAGCCUGGAGUUUACACCCGAGUGACCCGCUAUAUAGACUGGAUACAGGAUAAAACAGGCAUUAGAUUGAACUGAGACCCGAUGGACACUACUGCAACCAUUCAAACCACUAAAGACCAUGCUGGAAAUGGCGGAGACCAAAGACUGUACCCAGCACUACUAACAGGGGCCAGAUUUAAGCUGUGCAAUAAGUAUAUUGGAUAUUUAUGAUUUUUUAAAUAUAUAUAUAUUUAAUCGUACAAAGGCCAAGGAGAAACUUCAGAGCAGGACUUGAGACUUGGAGGAGUAUUAUUCAGAAAGUCGGUUCCUGUUCUGAGAGUUGAUUCAGCUGGAAUCUGCAAGAUGACACUAAGUCUUAGUAAGAACACAGAAAUCUUAUAGAUCUGUAUAGAUCCACAAUAUGGAAAUGCUGAAGGAUGAUUCGGAAUGUAUUACUAUUACCGCAUAGUAGUUUAUUUUUUGUAUUGAUGGGUAAAGUCAACUGUACUAUAGUCAGUACUUUAUAGGUCAGUGUUUCCCAACCAGUCUGCCUCCUGCUGUUGCAAAACUACAACUCCCAGCA